ACACGAGUUUUAAUUUUAUUUUUGAAGUGGUUUUAUAGUAAGUGUAAUUUAGCUGGAGUGUUGAUUGCUGGUUCUCAGAACAAGUUGUUUGACUAAAACAUAAAACUCUCACAAAAAUAAUGCGUUGAUCCAUCGAUCGAGGCGGUAGCGUAAUUUGAUUGUGUAGUUUGCGAUGAGUGAAGCCACGAAGCAUUGAUUUGAUUGUAUAGGUGAAGAGAUGAAGCAACACGAGUUAACUCUGUUACUGUGCCUCAUUUGGGCACUAACCCUUCUCUACGGUGAGAUGUUUGCUUAUUGGCUUCCACCCAUCUUCACUUGUUCCUGGCCCCAUCUUCUCCACUCCUCUUCUUCUUCAACGACUCAAACAGACAAUGGGAAUUAUCAAGCUGAUUAUGUAAAAGUUGCUGUUAUUGCAGAUCCACAGCUCAUGGAUAAAACUUCCCUCGGUCUUCCUGCAAAAUCUCUUGCACUGGAACUUGCAGAAUUCUACACUGAUUUAAACAUGCGUAGAUCAUUCUUUUCAUCUAUCCUACCUUUCAAACCCGAGGUCAUAUUGUUUUUAGGGGAUUACUUCGAUGGAGGUCCUUAUUUAUCAGAUGAAGAAUGGCAGGAUUCUUUCAGUCGAUUCAGACAUAUAUUUGGUUUGAAUGCACAAGGAAAAUACACAGACAUGCAAGUUUACUACAUUCCGGGAAACCAUGAUAUUGGAUAUGAAAGUCUUCAUUCUCUAAAGCCGGAGGUUAUCCAGCGCUAUGAGGAAACAUUUGGGACUAGAAACUAUAGAUUUAUGGUUGGAACAGUGGAUUUUAUUGCUGUUGAUGCACAAACUCUGGAUGGACAGCCACAAAAUCAUCUGACUUCUAAAACUUGGGAUUUUGUGAAACACCCAACAAAUUAUUUGGGUUCUUCAACUUGGGAUGUUGUGAAGAAUAUCUCUGUUGAUGUGGUUCGUCCAAAAGUCUUGUUGACACAUAUUCCUUUAUAUCGACCUGAUGAUACUUACUGUGGUCCUGAUCGUAGUUCCCCAGUUAUCAAUCAGAGGGUACAUCACACUGUAAAUGGUAAUAGUAAUGAUAUAUCGUAUCAAAAUUAUGUUUCUGAGGAGUCAUCGAAGUAUUUACUGGAUACAAUCAAACCUAAGUUUAUUUUAUCUGGUCAUGAUCAUGAUCAGUGCACCAUCACGCAUCAAUCUAAAUAUGGGCCUGUAAUCGAGCACACUCUAGGUACUAUAAGUUGGCAACAAGGAAACUUGUAUCCUUCUUUCAUGCUGUUAUCAGUUGAUUACUCAACUCAUCCAAAUGCUUCCAUUCCAGAAGAAAAGGCUUUGUUGACUCAUCUAUGCUACCUUCCAAUGCAAACACACAUUUACAUAUGGUAUAUUGUGCUAUUUAUUAUGACCCUUCUUGCUGCCCUAUUUUGGCCAACAAGUAGCACCAGUUUCUGGCAUCAGUGUUGUGGCGUAGUUGGCUGUUGUAAACAACUAAUAGCUAGCAUCUUUUCUAGAAGUGAAACAAAAGACAAGGAUGAGGAUGCUAACUAUGAUUAUGAGAUGAUGUGGGAUGCAGAAGGAACAAUGCAUCUUGUAAAGAAACCCUUGAAUGUAUCUACUGUAAAAUCAAAUGACCGAAGCUCCGGAGAAAGGGGUAAUGUUGUGAUGCGGGCAGCAGCUAGAAAAAAUACUGCUCAGGAAGGAGAUCACUCUGUGAAUGUGGAUAUGGAUUCAGCAGCAAGAAUCCCUCCCAGAACUGGCAAAUCAAAGACAAAAAUUAUAAUCCAGAGAUUGAUACGCACACUGCGAAUGCUCACUGUCAUUGCAGCAGUGAAUGUCCCUCUUUACAUGAUGUUGCUGUUCAAGGAUUGGAUUGACAAAUAAAGAUGAAAUUCCUAUCUAUCAGAGUGGUAUCAUUCAGCUUGAAAUCCAUCUUUAAUUAUGCAUGACAUGGUCAUGAUCAUACGGAACAUCAAGUAUAACAGAUGUGUUUGAGUUAUUGUUUCUAUUGCUGUUGAGAUUUCCUCUGAAGUCAUGUCAUUUGCAGAGUUUGAUCAAAAUUUACAUAGCAUAGUCAUUCGGUUUUAAUGUAUUCUUUCAUUUGUUCAUUUAUUUUUUUAAUACUACCUUGUCCCUCGUAUCAGUAAGAAAAAGAAUCUCAACUGUCAUAAAAUAAUGUUAUAGGAGGAAUCAAGAUAUCAGAUAUGGAUGCAAAUAUAACAGCUACAACUAUUAUAUGUAACUAAUUAAGACGUGUAUUGUAUAACUGUGAUAAGCCUUAGCUGUAAUAAGCCUCGGGUGUGUGCCAUGUUCUUGAAAUAAGACAACCUCCUCACUU